GGUUGCAGCAGUGCGGUCGGGGGGAGUCAGCGAGGGUUGUCUCUCCAGGGUGAUCGACAUGGGGAGGUCACAGCGCCGUCAGCAUGAGGCUCCCGCGGACCAUGUGCAGGACACAUUCAGGGCCAGCUCCCCUAUCUAUCGGUACCUGGUUGUCGGCCAGAAGGUCGACAACCAGGGGGUCAUGAUGCUCUGUUGCACGUUUUGCAACAAAGUUUUCCAAGGGACCCAGUUUCUGGCCACGAGGCACUUCUUGCAGACAAACUACUGCAAGGACGUCAGCGACGAGGCGUUGUACGAGAUUGCUCGACGGAAUCAGCAGAAGUUUGAGGCCGAUCAGAUGGAGAGGGUGUCGAGGUAUGCAGCGGAGCGCGGACUCGAUGUGCCCGGCACAGGUGGUGCAAGGGGAGGAGAGGCGGGGCGGCGUCCGGCGGAGGGAGGGGUCGGGGGAGAUGGUGGGCAUGGUGCGGCAGACCCCACUUUGGGUGGUGGAGGCGGUGAGACAGAGGAGGGCGUGAUCCACGUGGAUCGCGAGGCGCGUGGCCCGGGUGACGAGGGAGUCCCGGAACGGGACGACGUGCCUGAGGUUUAUCCAAGCACUGGGGAGAGGUUGGAGGACUGGCGGAGGCGAGCAGGCAAGGGAGCUGCAACGGAGGGGUCUUCCAAGAGGAAGGAAGGAGGGAGUGAUCCGGCUGCCACCUCAGCAGGGAAGAGGCUUCGGCAGCAGAAGGUGACUGAUGUCUACGGUGGCGAGUGGGUUGCCCGCCACAAGAAGGCAUUCCUUCGCUGGUUGUAUUACAGCGGGGUCUCCUUCAAUGCCUUCCGCAACUAGGCGUGGAAGGCAUAUCAGCAGGUGCU